AUGAAUGGCUUCAGAUUGCCUGAUCCCAUGAACGCAGGGUAUGAGCCAUACAUAGACAUAGAACCAAGGAUGAUUCCAGGCACCAAUAGAAGCAGACAGGCUAAUUUAGUAGACUCUAGGGACUUUACACCAAGAAACAAGCCGAAUUACGAUUCUAGAGAGGAUUCCGUGUCAGCAAUACGACUGAAUAAUCACGUGAACCAGGCACAUACAUUGGGGAGGAACGUGUAUCGUUCAAAAGAGGUAACUGGUGGAACCGGCAGGCAAGCUAAACCCAAUGUCAACAACAGCAACGUAACACGUGUAACAGAGAGUCUUUAUAACCAGGAUUUUGAGGGCAGGUCAGUGAAUUACGAGUCCAUACACACCGAUUUAAACAGUACCAUAUUGAGCAACUACACUGAGGGAAUCUCAUCAGUCGGUAGUUUCGAGUAUAAAUAUUACAGAAGCAACGAUCCUGACGGUUACUCUGAGGCCAAUUACACUGAUAAGUACGGAAGGGAAAGCGCAAUCCAACCCAGGAGCCAUACUGUCAAAAGGACUCCCGAGAGGCCGAGCAGGCCCAGCAAAGAGACAAUCGCCCAUAAUAAAAUCAAGUCAAGCCACCAAAUAGUUAAGUUGCCCAGUAGGACACCCAAUAGUCAAGUUGAUAUCAUCGGUUCAGAUGGACCUGAUGAUGACAUUGGGUUUUACCAGUUAACUAGGGACGAAUUGUGUAGAGGUUUGGGCUCCAUUGGCCUAGCAUUGAGCAAAGUCUUCAGCCUUACGGGUAAGGGUGUCUUGUACCUUUGCAGCUCAAUCACAGACAGUACUGAGGGCCUUUUUGAGACGGAAAGGAACACGGCUGGCAAAGUGGCCGAGUUGCAUAGCAGGGGUGACACCAACUAUCCACACUGCAACUGUUCAAUUAACUCUAACAAAGACCAUAGGGCCAUCCCUGAUCUCCACAUCAAUUAUGAUACAUCGUGCCAAUUGAAUGGUGGAGUACACAAAUACACCAAUCGAAGGCACAAUGCUGCAUUUUAUGACAAACAAGAAGGUGGUGGCAAAUACAUCAACGACAGUCACACUUACAUGGAUGUCCACUUAUUAGAAAGGGGAAGAGAACAGAAGGCCAAUAAUGAACAAAUGUACUACAGAAAUGUGAACAACAAACCAAGUGAAUACGACAAAAAACACGUUAAUAACCCUGGCUACCUAAACAAAGCAAACAGCCACUACGAUAAUUUUAAAAUUGAAUUUGGCGAAGAUUUAGAUUAUUCAAAUGGGACUUGUAUUCCAGAGAAUGGCUAUGAACUUAACUGUCCAGAUGUGAACCGAAUGAAUAGAAACAUAUACAGGGAUAGGGAAUUGCGUAGAGGUAAUAGGAUGGUUGAAAGAACUGUGAACAGCAGAUUCGUAAGCAGCUAUUCAAUCGAGGAACCCUUCAAUACGCCCACACACAAUGUUAAAAGCCCUGAGGCUGCAAGUGUUCUGUCCAACCUGGGGAAUCAUGAUAUUCGAAGUAUUCAGUCCAAUAGUGUUGUACAAAAGUCCAUUGUCAACACAAGUAGCAUAAGGCCCGUUGAAUUCAACAAGGAAAAGGUAAAUUCACACGGGUUUGACAAGCUUAAGACUGUGGAAAUGGCAGAGAGAACUAGAAAGAACACUCUGGAUGGAACCAAUUUCGGCAGACCAUGUGUAAGUGCAUACGGAGCAGAUACCAAUGAACCAGAAAACAAACCCAGUGAAAAGCCAAAUAUGAGAACAUCAGAGGGUGAAAGCACAGGUUCCUAUAAACCACCUGAAGAGCAAGAAGCAAAGUACCUGAGAACUGAAAUAAGGGAGCAGUUGAGCCUAAAAGGGGAUUUAAUGAAGGAGCUUAAAGAUCAACAAACAGAUGAAAUCGAUGAUAACACAUCGAAAAGUUUUAUUAGCCUGAGUAACAACGACAGCACUUCUCAAAGUAAUUACAGCAGAACCAAAAGUGUAGAUGGUAUAUCAAUAGGAGACGGAAGUUCUAAUAAGAGCCUGGAUAAAAUAUCAAUUGCAGAAUAUGAUACAGAUAAAAGCGUGGAUAGCAUAUCAAUGGGAGAAGAUGAGUCAAAAGAUGGAAGAAAGAAAAAAAAUAAGAAAGGAUUGUUUUCAUUCGGGAAGAAAACAAAAUAA